GCCGCAGGAAUGAAUUUGUUGUUUGUUGUGAGAAUACAACAAGCUCGUAGUAUCGAGUUACUGUAUACGCAUUCAGAAAGAUUUAUGGAUUUCGUAUUCGUUAUCGACGUGUUCGUUACGGAUAAUAUUGAUUUUUGGCCAGCAAACGGCAAGUAAAAGUGGUUUGGUAAAAUUACUGAUAAAACAAGCUGUGUUACUAGCACGAUUAAUAAACUCGGUAUCGAGUGCGAUUCGACUUGCCGAUUGCGAUAUUCUCGUUCUAUCGUUGGACAAAAAGGCACACAACAAACGAAUACAUAUGACACACAAAUGCGUUUGUGUAUUGUGCGGCGGAAUACACGUAAAGAAGGAAUUACGAUCUCGGUCACGAGAAAUCUUCUGGCAUCCAGCCACGCAAACUAUUACGGUAACAGCAACGCCUCAAAGAUAAUAAUAUAGUAAUGUUCGUCACGUGGCGACAUAAAUACAAAUUCAACGGUUUGCCGCUUUUUGGAUCCCCCGCGCGCUCCUUCGGACUAUGCAACACGUAACCCAUUUUUCAUCAGUCACCGAAGGCUAAGCAACGUGUACACGGACACGGUCACGUAUUAUCAAUCACAAACGAUUUUCGAACUAACUACCGUGGAUAGUAUACCUGGCGACAUUAAACGUCACUUUCGAUUUCGCUUAAACGAUAAAAACAACAGUACAAGUGGAUAUUUUGAAAAACUACGACUGGUUCUCGCGCGAUUGUCUCGUGUAAUUGGAGAAUGAAAAAACCUCUUUUCUGCACGGUAGCACUCUUUGUCCAUCGACAUAUAGAAGACUUGCUCGAAAUCAUCCGAUAAACCAUGUAUGAAGCUACCGUGGGGGGACAUGAUCCACAAACGAGUAACGGCAAUCAGCCACAGCAACAGGUGCAAGGCGGAAAUUGGAUUGGGAUUCCCGAGUCGACGUUGGUGUCACGAUCAGCCAGAAGCAGCGGCAACAGUAAUGGCUGGAACCCCGCUGUUGCGACGCCGUUUCAACAUCAACAACAGCUACACGAACGGAAACAAAAAGAAACUAAAUCUGGGGAUUUGGGAGAUGACGAAGACGGGGGUGGAGGGGGUGGAGGGCUGGAGGGGACGGACCCAGAGGAGAACAACUCUGUUCACCUCAAGAGACGGGUGGGACUCGUCAGUGGGGUGGCUCUAAUCGUUGGCACCAUGAUAGGUUCUGGGAUAUUCGUUUCGCCGUCAGGGCUUUUAGUUCGAACUGGCAGUAUCGGAAUCAGCUUCCUCGUAUGGACGGCCUGUGGAAUGUUGAGCCUCUGUGGCGCAUUGGCAUACGCCGAAUUGGGUACGAUGAACACCAGCAGCGGCGCCGAGUAUGCUUAUUUCAUGGAUGCUUUUGGUGCGCCGCCUGCUUUCCUCUUCUCAUGGGUCUCCACGUUGGUCCUGAAGCCGUCUCAAAUGGCGAUAAUAUGCCUCUCGUUUGCGCAAUACGCGGUAGAAGCGUUCGCAGCCGACUGUGAUCCACCCGAGGAAGUAGUUAAGGUUGUCGCUCUCCUGGCGAUAAUACUUAUACUGUUGGUAAAUUGUUACAGCGUUAAUCUAGCCACAGGUGUACAGAACGCGUUCACCGCAGCCAAAUUGAUCGCUAUACUCGUUGUAAUUGCCGGCGGUUCGUACAAGUUGAUACAGGGUAAUACGCAGCACCUAAAGGGCGCUUUCGAUACGAUAGACGGCAAUACCGUGAACAUCGGCAGAUUGGCCACUGCCUUUUACACUGGUUUGUGGGCCUAUGACGGAUGGAACAAUCUCAAUUACGUUACGGAAGAAAUCAAAGAUCCAUCGAAGAAUUUGCCGCGUUCCAUUAUGAUCGGUAUACCUCUUGUUACGCUCUGUUACGCGCUGAUAAACGUCUCUUAUCUGGCCGUGAUGUCGCCGUCGGAAAUGAUUGAAAGCGAAGCCGUUGCAGUGACUUUUGGAAAUCGGAUUCUUGGCGUCAUGGCAUGGCUCAUGCCUCUCUCGGUUGCGAUCAGCACGUUCGGUUCCGCAAAUGGUACUCUCUUUGCAGCAGGUAGACUAUGCUUCGCCGCGUCCCGUGAGGGUCAUUUGCUCGAUUGUCUCAGUUAUGUACACGUGCGACGGUUUACCCCCGCUCCAGGACUCAUCUUCCAUUCUCUUGUUGCAGGAGCGAUGGUGUUAUCCGGAAACAUUGAUUCCUUGAUCGACUUCUUUUCAUUUACCGCUUGGAUCUUUUAUGGUGGAGCAAUGCUUGCUCUGUUGGUGAUGCGAAGGACCAGACCAAAUCAUCCACGACCAUACAAGUGUCCGCUGGUGAUACCCGUACUCGUACUGGGAAUCUCUGCGUACCUGAUUGUAGCGCCGAUCAUUGAUAAGCCUCAAAUCGAAUACUUGUACGCGUUCGGGUUUAUAUUAGCGGGCAUGCUUGUCUACCUCCCAUUUGUUAAAUACGGAUAUGUGCCCAAAUUUAUGGAAGGAGUAAAUGUCUUUCUUCAAAUGUUGCUCGAGGUAGCACCAACGGCUGCAGCCUUUGACUGACUUCGAGGAAAUACCAGUAUCUACUGGUUCUCUAAAUGCCAAAUCAUACCAUCGCGGCAUCCUGAACCAUAUAUGAAUGUAUAUUUUAAAUAUGCAUAGACAAAAAUGUGUACUCUAUUAUUAAAGCACAAGGCUGGCCCAACUGAUUCAUAAACAUGUAAAAAAAAAA